UGAGAGUUUUAUUGGAGGACUUACAUUCUCCCAAUAGUUAUGGUGGAUUCUGGUGAGGCUAAGCAGGCUGAACCAGGAAAUCUGGAGGAGACAAGUGAAAAGCAAACAUCUGAACAGGUGUGUAGCUUUUUCAGAAAAGCGCCCAAAAAUAAGAAUAUCAGAAAGCGAGUUGUUGAAGAAGAUGAUGAUGAAGAUUCCAAGAUGGAAGUGUUUCAUUAUCAGAAGAAACCUCAAAGGACAGAAAACAAGCUGUAUUUCUCAACUGGAUCCUCCAAGAGCUCUGUGUCUGCAGAAUCAAAGGUUGAUUCUGAUAAGCCGAUAUUUCAAUUUGAGUCUUCAAAAGAAAUUCAAGUUGAACAUGAUAGCAGAGCAACCGCAACUCUGGAAACUGAGACUGAGUUCUCAAAAGAUGCUCGAGCUAUUCGAGAGAGAGUUCUUAAGCAAGCAACUAAUGAGAUGAGUGGGAAAAGUAAGGGCGCAGGUGAUGAGAAGCUGUAUAAAGGGAUCCACGGUUACACUGAUUACAAGGCAGGGUUUCGGAGGGAGCAAACAAUAUCCAGUGAGAAAGCUGGAGGGGCACAUGGGCCCCUGCGAGCUUCAGCUCAUAUUAGAGUCUCAGCAAGGUUUGAUUAUCAGCCUGACAUAUGCAAGGACUACAAAGAAACUGGUUAUUGUGGGUAUGGAGACGCAUGUAAAUUUAUGCACGACAGAGGAGAUUACAAAUCUGGGUGGCAGUUGGAGAAGGAGUGGGAUGAGGCGGAGAAGGCAAGGAAGAGAAAUUUAGCCUUGGGAGGGGAUGAUGGAGAUGAAGAGGAUGUUGACCAAACAGAGGAUGAAGAAGAUGAUGAAUUGCCCUUUGCAUGCUUCAUUUGUAGAGAGCGAUUUGUUGAUCCAGUCGUCACGAAAUGCAAGCACUACUUCUGUGAGCAUUGUGCAUUAAAGCAUCAUGCGAGGAACAAGAAGUGCUUUGUUUGCAACAAACCCACCUUGGGUAUCUUUAAUGCUGCUCCUGAGAUACGGAAGAAAAUGGCUGCAGAAGGUGGAAAAUGACGAACGCUGUCAAUAAAAGUGGCAAAUAUAGUGAAAAGGUCCAGGGUUGCACUGGAACUAUUUUUCCAUUAGAGAAGAAAUUUGAACGACUCAUAAAAAAAAAGGAGCUAGGAGGGUACCCAAGACAACCGAACUUCUCAUUCCCAGGUCCUUGGAGUAGUUGACUGACUAAUUCCCCUGCUAGAAAUGCUGUCAACGUGGACAGGGUGGUGCGUGUUUUUGGACAGAAUGGCCUUGCUGUAGUUGUCCCAUCAUGCGAAGUCUGUAGCCCGGCAAUAGACCACAAUAGACUGAGUACAUGUUCAUGGUCAAUAGCUCCUUCCUUUAGGGUUAGGCGCAGUUAAGUUCGGCUUGGUCAGAAUUAUAUGGAUGUACAUUCAGUUGCAGGGCUUGUAUUUUUUUUCUUUGCUCUGUCUCGGAUGAUGUCACCUUUAUAUUACUCUCCAAAUCAUGCCAUUCCAAUCAGAAUGAGCACCUUCGAAAUGUUACUCUUUCAAGUUUUACCCACUUGAAAGACACACAGAAAGCCAGUUGGUGUUAUUCUUGUGAUAAUUAGGGAUGUGUUGAAAAUUAUAUUAUGCUAGAA